GAUCCGAGCCGUUACCGUGACGUGUUCCGUCUGCCUCCGCUCUCUUCUCUCCUUCAGUCAUCUCCACUCAGCUGCUGACUACAAGGAGAUCCCGAGCCAACAAGUUAGCCUCCCACUGAGCCAAACACGAUUUUACGGGUCUGGUGAACAGCUCUUUCUUCGGCUACAAUGAGGUGCUGACCCUGGGUCGGCCAGGCCGUGAGAUGAUUGCAGCUUGGCACGGAGACAAAGUGAGAGAACAGAGUGAUUGAGAAAGAAGAAUGGGCAGGAGGGUCUGGGGCUGCUGGCAAAGUGUCUUCUCUACUUCAGUGCUCUACGGCUCGUUGGCUUUGUUUACCUCCAUCCUCCACAAUGUGUUCCUGCUCUACUACGUGCAGACAUUUGUGUCCAUCUACAAGAUCGAUAAAGUCUCCUUCUGGAUCGGAGAGACGGUUUUCCUGAUAUGGAACAGUCUGAACGAUCCUCUCUUCGGCUGGCUGAGUGAUCGCUCCUUCCUCAGCUCUCCUCAGUCAGGCUCUCAGAUCACAUCUCCAGAGGUGGUGCUGAAGCGCCUCAAGGCCCUCUCCACAAAUGGCCCCCUCUUCUCUCUCUCCUUCCUGGCCUUCUGGGUGGCGUGGGCCAGUCCAGGACUACAGUUCCUGCUGUGUUUGUGUCUUUAUGACGGCUUCCUCACCAUGGUCGACCUCCACCACAGCGCCCUGCUGGCCGACCUCGCCGUGUCUGCCGCCGAUCGCACACGCCUCAACUUCCACUGCUCAGUGUUCAGCGCUCUGGGCUCCUUCUCAGUAUUCUUGUCCUACUCCUUCUGGGACAAGGAGGAUUUCUACUCCUUCCGUGUCUUCUGUGUGACUCUGGCAGCUUUUUCCAUUCUGGGAUUUUUCUUAGUGUCUCGGUUAUUAAGGCAUCGAUUCCAAAAGGAAGUCCUUCCAAAGCUGGAUGAGGCACAGAUGCUCAAAGACCUGAGUGUCGGCCAUGCUCCACUGACCCACCCAGAAAAACCUGUCACUAUCAGACAGUACAUCAAGCAGCUCUCCCAACACAAGAACUUCUUGUGGUUUGUGUCGAUGAAUCUUAUUCAGGUGUUUCACUGCCAUUUUAACAGCAACUUCUUUCCACUUUUCCUGGAGCAUCUGCUGUCUGACAAUAUUUCUGCCUCAACUGGUUCAAUCCUGCUUGGGAUCUCUUACAUUGCCCCCCACCUGAACAACUUGUAUUUCCUGACACUGUGCCAGCGUUACGGCGUUUACCAGGUUAUCCGCUGGCUAUUUAUGGUCAAACUGGGACUUAGUGUGGCUAUGCUGCUGGCAGGGGCUGACCACAUUUAUCUGCUGUGCAUCUUCAUUGCUAGUAACCGCGUGUUUACAGAGGGGACGUGCAAGCUGCUGAAACUGGUCAUCACUGAUCUGGUGGAUGAAGACUUUGUCGUCAACAAGCGUCAGCAAGCGGCCUCUGCGCUCCUCUUUGGGAUGGUAGCCCUUUUGACCAAACCUGGCCAGACGUUCGCCCCUCUCAUUGGCACCUGGCUGCUGUGUGCUUAUACAGGUUACGAUAUUUUUGAGCGGGAACCCGUGAAGGACUCGCUGGCUUCUGUGCCUGACGUUGCCUCCGGCUCAGGGACGCCACCUCUCCGCCUGGGCUGCUUCUACAUGUUGGUGUUUGUGCCUAUCACUUGUGCCCUGAUCCAGCUGGUUGUCUGGUCUCGCUUCACACUGCAUGGCCGCAAGCUGCAGGGGAUCAAGACCCUGAGGCAAGGGGCCCAGCAUGGCCACCUUAUUGAUGUCAAGGCCAUUUGAACUGAAAGGAGCUGCCUGAAGCUGCACAAAGACACUUUUAAAACAUUAAUUUAACAAUCUUUACGUUUAUAACUUGGAGGGAAGUGAAAUAUAAGGGUGAUCUGAUGUCUUACUGCUCAGCCUUGUGUGAGAGAAUAUAAACCUGAACAAAAUAUGUGGCUUUAUGGACAGAAAAAUGCACAGUUGGCUCAAAAAUCCCACUGGGGAGAACAUGAAACCUGCCUUAUUUUUAUAUGAAAAUGUUAACAUAUAUUUAUAUAUGAACAGAUGACCAAAAGAUAAAACAGAACAAAUCAGUCCUUUGGAUGUUCACGGACCAAGAUGAGAACUUUUUCAUGGUGUGCCCUCUUUAAAACUACAAGCUUAAAUUCUGGUUAGUAGCUUCAGUGCUUAGUAGCUUCAGCAACAUCAUCAGUGUGUUUUUAAAAAUCAAACAAGACCUCCCUUCUCAUCUCUAUUAUUUAACAAAAUGGCGCAAAUGAAUCUGUAAUAGAGUGCCAUUGAAAACUGCAUGAAAUCUGCACCUCAGACCAAAUAAAGAUUUUAUGUCUCAACAUUAACUCAGAAUGACCUGCCAGUUUGAUGUAAGAGUGUAUUUUCUGAUAUGUCCAGUAUUGAUAAUGUUCUUUUCUUUAUUUGCACAAAACUGCCAUAGUCUGUUGUACUUCUAACAUUCUGGUUGCAACAAAACUUCAUGUACUGUGAUCAUCGAAAUUUGAAUUAGGAGAUCAAGCUGGUAAGCACAUUAUCAGCAUUUUUGUAAUUUUGUAGAUUAUAUAAAGAAUGUGUGGCACCACAAAUAAACCAUGGGUUAA